AUGCUUUUCUUCACCCAGUGCUUUGGGGCUGUGUUAGAUCUUAUCCACCUGAGGUUUCAGCACUACAAGGCAAAGAGGGUUUUCUCAGCUGCCGGGCAACUCGUCUGCGUUGUCAACCCAACGCACAGCCUAAAGUAUGCGUCGAAUCGCUGCACAGCUGCCCAGACAUCCUCGGAGCAAGGCGGCCUUCCUCCCUGCCACCACCACGAAGUGGUGCACGACCCCCAGCUGGUGCCUUGCACGUGUCCUCUCUUCUCUUGCCAAUGGGAAGGGCACCUGGAGGUGGUGGUGUCGCAUCUGAGACAGACACACCGCAUCAACAUCCUUCAGGGGGCAGAAAUCGUCUUCCUGGCCACGGACAUGCACCUACCAGCACCCACAGACUGGAUCAUCAUGCACUCUUGCCUUGGCCACCAGUUUUUGCUGGUUCUCAGGAAGCAGGAGAAGUACGAAGGUCACCCCCAAUUCUUCGCCACGAUGAUGCUGAUCGGCACGCAAACCCAAGCCGAUAACUUCACCUACCGGCUUGAGCUCAACAGGAAUCAGAGGCGCCUUAAGUGGGAAGCGACCCCCAGAUCAGUACUGGAGUGUGUUGAUUCUGUCAUUUCAGAUGGGGAUUGCCUUGUGCUGAACACUUCCCUGGCUCAGCUCUUUUCCGACAACGGAAGCCUAGCAAUCGGGAUUGCAAUAACCACCAGCAAAGUGCACAAUGCUGAGGCUGAAAUAUGA